AUGUGGGUGGUUCUGGUGGCGGUGACAUCUCAUUCGAAUUGUCUGCUGCUGGUACUCCUGCAGGUGCGGCGGGGUCUGCUUGGUUUCCUGCGGUGUGUCUUACAGAGUCCCCAUACAUAUGGAAUAUGUUCAUCGACCACCUCUACUUCUGGUGCAGAAUCUUGUUAUGGCACCCAAGAAGCUGAUAAUACUGCCCUUUACAACUUUCUCUCCAAACUUGGAUUGGAGAAGUUUUAUCCCAACAAGCUCACUCUUUGCUCUCUCUUGGAAAUCAACAAAAACAGUAUUUAUGAUGAAACUGUUGAAUCACUGGAGAACAUACCAUGGUGCUUUCUCAGGAAACUCUUUCAAAUAAAUGCAGAAUGCAGAAACUUUACACAAGUAUCAAAUGAUGAUGAAGAGCAUGAAAAAAACAGCGAUGUGUUUGACUUUGACCUGCUCACUGCAGGUGACUCUGAUGACAACAAGGUUAACCCUCUCGACCUCAUAGUUGCACUCUUUCUUUGUGCUGACAGCUUCUUGCAACAGGAAAUGGCCCUCAAGAUGUCAAUGUGUCAGUUUUCUGUCCCACUGCUGUUGCCUCAUGGCAAUAACAGUCAGUCUACUCUGAUGCUGUGGGCUCUGAGAGACAUCGUCAAAGAGUGGCGUCCACAGGAUUUAUCUGAAUCAAGAGGAUUUGUUGAAAACAACAUUGUUCAAGCAAACAUACCAUUCUUUACCUUUGUCAGGCUGAAAAACUGUAGUCUCUCCAAGUCACAGGUUUUGAAUCAUGUUCUCAGUCGUGGCCAACAGAAUCACAACAUCUUCAUACACAGAGAUAUGGAAGGAGGAGCACUUAAAAGAAGAAUUGCCAAUGGUCUGGUGGAGGUUUGCUGGUACCUUCCCUGUGGCAAAGAAAAUCUUGACAUAUUUCCAGGACCAGUUGCCUUUGCCAAUUUGAGAGGAGACAUCUGUGAGUCACUGGCACAAUUCAAAUUUCUGUUUCAAGUGUCAACUGCUACCUUUGUGUUCCUGGACAAAGUUGAAGAAAAUGAGCACAAGAUUCUGACUUCUCUUCAAGAUGGGAAAUCCAAACUCUGCUUGGUUGUUAAUCGCAAGGAGGACAACUCUAGAGAGGACAUGAUGUCUCUCAAGAAAACACUGAAAGAGUUAGAGCUACCAAAUAGCAGUGUGAAAGCCAAAUACCCAAAGGUAAAUGUUGCAGAGUUUUCAGAGAAACUUUGUGUGUCCAUCAAGAAAUCACUGACAAAUGCAGCCAACACAGUUAAAAUUGAAAAUAUGCUUGACAAAGCUGUUGAACUUGGUCUGUCUGUGGAUGAAAAAAAAAGUGGCAAACAAAAGAAAGCAGCUGAGAAGAUUGUGAAAGGAAUUGGUGUGCAAAAGAUAUCAGAUUACAAAAUACAACAACUUCCUUUGCAGGGAGAUAACUGGAAAAGAUUGUCACAGGUGGAAAUGGAGGAAUGUAGACUGAAAAAAGUUGGUGACCUAGCACCAGAAGAAUAUCAAUCUCAGCUACAGGAGGAAAAACGAAAAAUCAGGAAGGAGCAAAGCAAAUACAAACUGUCCACAGCUAUUAAAAGUUUUAUUGAAAACUUACUGAAAUGUGACAAAGAAGGAAGAGAUUUUUUUCUAAAGUGGAUGAAAUUUCAGCUGAAUGCACAUUCAGAGUCUGCCAAUCAACUGUCUUUACUGCGUAAUAAACUGAAAGAGCACUGCGAUAGAAAGGAGAAAGAUGUGAAAAUCAUUGCAGAGUUAGUUCAGACUUUGCUGGAAAGCUCUUUAGGAGUAGAGCAUUACAUGAGAGAGAUGGGACUCAUCUAUGAGUUCUCAAUUAAUGGCUCAAUAAACACUGCUGAUGAAAUAUCUCGUCUCCCUGGUUUGGCUGCUGAAAUGCUGUUGGAUGGAUAUCCUUUAGAGCUCUUGGAUGGAGAUGCUUCCAACAUCCCACAGAGAUGGGUGACAGAUGUGCUGAUGGAGCUUCACAAGAAGGUUGGAGAACAAAGCAAACUGUUAGUACUGACUGUGCUAGGUGUUCAAAGUACAGGGAAGUCAACACUCCUCAACACCAUGUUUGGUGUGCAGUUUCCUGUCAGCAGCGGAAGAUGCACAAGAGGAGCUUAUAUGCUCUUGCUCAAAGUUGGAAAAGAUAUGAAAGAUGAGUUGAACUGUGAUUUUAUAGUUCUCAUUGACACAGAGGGUCUAAAGUCUCCACAUGUGUCACAACUAGAAGAAAGAUAUGAGCAUGACAACCAGAUGCCAACCUUUGUGAUUGGUUUAAGUGAUGUCACCAUUAUAAACAUUGCAAUGGAGAACUCAACUGAAAUGAAAGAUGUCCUGAAAAUUGUAGUUCACGCCUUCCUGAGAAUGAAGAAAAUUGGUAAAAAGCCAAUUUGUCAUUUUGUGCAUCAAAAUGUUUCUGGAGUUUCAGCUCAUGCAAACAGCCUAACAGACAGAAAGUAUCUCUUGGACCAGCUCAAUGAAAUGACACAAAUUGCUGCUGAAAUGGAAAGGCAGCCUUCUAUUAAAGCAUUCACAGAUGUGCUGGACUAUGACAUGGACAAAAACAACUGGAACAUCCCAGGACUCUGGCAUGGAACCCCUCCGAUGGCACCAUUGAGCACAGGUUACAGUGAAGCUGUAGCAGUUUUAAAGAGAAAUCUUUUGGAGACAGUGAAAACAAACAGAAGCAAUGAAGUCUCACAGAUCCCAGAGUUCCUAGAAUGGAUUAAAAGUCUCUGGAAAGCUGUGAAAUAUGAGAACUUCAUCUACGAAAAUCUUUGCAAAGAGUUCAGUCAAUGAGAAUGGCAGUUCAGAAAAGAUAUCAUCUCCCGGCAAGAAUUUGCUGAGUUGGAAAUUUUAAAUUCUGACAUUGGAUCUGAUAUUGAACAUUUAAAUGAAAUGGUUGAAUCAAUACUACAAAAAGAAAAGCCAAAAUACAUAAAAAUAUAUUUGCAGAACACAGCUGAUGACAUCAUUGAGUCUUGUAGACGUUUUGUGAUUGAUAUUGUAGAGACAAACACAGAUUAUAAUGAGACCUUCACAAAGGAUCUUCUGUACAAAAUCGAUGAGUCCCUUCAAAAUGUCAGCAAGGAUUUCAAAAUCAAGUUUGAGAUUGACCUGAAACUUCAUGUUUGUGGCAUUGCCUCAAGGGAAUUCCUCAAAAUGCAUAAAAAAUUCUUGUCUGAUAAUGAUCCUCCAACUCAGCUGGAUAAGUGCAAGACUCAGUAUUUGUCAGAUUUUCUUGAUUUGUACAAAGAGAGAGAUGAUUGUCAACGCAAAGCAGAUGCUUUUGUCAAGUGUUGUAUCAAACCUGCUGUGGAAAACUACCUCAAUAGAUCUUUGGGAACAGACAUUGUGGAUUAUAUUUUGACAGGUUGUCAUUCAGGAAAGUACAGCUCCCGCUCCUUUUUCUAGUUCAACAUUCAGGAAGAUUUUCUGGAAAAAGAAAACUUUGACUGUUUUGUCAUAUUUAAAAAUUAUGAAAUAUAUGUUAAGGAUUGGAUAUUUCAGCAAAUCCUGAAAAGAAUGUCAAAGGACAAAACUUUGUGCAAACUUAAAAACAAGAACCUCAAAGAAGUUGAUAAAAUCACAGCAGCAUUAGAGCAGGCCACAAAAGGACCAGAUGGUGUUCAACUGCCAGACAACAAGGAAAGCAUCACAAGUCUCAUCAGCAACAUGAAGAAAUAUUUGAUUGGUCUUGAUACAUACAUUAAUGAAGACACUCAAAAGUUGUUUGACCAACUGUGA